AUGCCAUCUGAGGCUGAGGCCGGCCCGUGGUGGCAUGGAGCUAACAAACUGGGAAUGACCAAGAGAGUUGCACCCCUUCUGAAAAAACCUACACUCGAUCCCUCCGAUGUCAACAACUACAGACCAGUAUCCCUUCUUUCUUUUCUCUCCAAAACUCUUGAACGUGCCGUCCUUGGCCAGCUCUCCCGCUAUCUCUCUCAGAAUGACCUUCUUGAUCCAAAUCAGUCAGGUUUCAAGACUAGUCAUUCAACUGAGACUGCUCUUCUCUGUAUCACGGAGGCGCUCCGCACUGCUAAAGCUAACUCUCUCUCCUCUGCUCUCAUCCUUCUAGACCUAUCGGCUGCCUUCGAUACGGUGAACCAUCAGAUCCUCCUCUCCACCCUCUCCGAGUUGGGCAUCUCCGGCGCGGCCCACGCUUGGAUUGCGUCCUACCUGACAGGUCGCUCCUACCAGGUGGCGAAUCGCAUCUCUGCAUGUCUGGCAGACAUAUCAGUGUGGAUGACGGAUCACCACCUCAAGCUGAACCUCGGCAAGACGGAGCUGCUCUUCCUCCCGGGGAAGGACUGCCCGUUCCAUGAUCUCGCCAUCACGGUUGACAACUCCAUUGUGUCCUCCUCCCAGAGCGCUAAGAACCUUGGCGUGAUCCUGGACAACACCCUGUCGUUCUCAACUAACAUCAAGGCGGUGGCCCGUUCCUGUAGGUUCAUGCUCUACAACAUCCGCAGAGUACGACCCUGCCUCACACAGGAAGCGGCGCAGGUCCUAAUCCAGGCACUUGUCAUCUCCCGUCUGGAUUACUGCAACUCGCUGUUGGCUGGGCUCCCUGCCUUUAAUGGCACUGCCUGUGCCAUUAAACCCCUACAACUCAUCCAGAACGCCGCAGCCCGUCUGGUGUUCAACCUUCCCAAGUUCUCUCACGUCACCCCGCUCCUCCGCUCUCUCCACUGGCUUCCAGUUGAAGCUCGCAUCCGCUACAAGACCAUGGUGCUUGCCUACGGAGCUGUGAGGGGAACGGCACCUCAGUACCUCCAGGCUCUGAUCAGGCCCUACACCCAAACAAGGGCACUGCGUUCAUCCACCUCUGGCCUGCUCGCCUCCCUACCACUGAGGAAGUACAGUUCCCGCUCAGCCCAGUCAAAACUGUUCGCUGCUCUGGCCCCCCAAUGGUGGAACAAACUCCCUCACGACGCCAGGACAGCGGAGUCAAUCACCACCUUCCGGAGACACCUGAAACCCCACCUCUUUAAGGAAUACCUAGGAUAGGAUAAAGUAAUCCUUCUCCC